AGAUCAGGAGGGUAUUUUCUGCUAUAUUUUUGGUUCAUUGCCAAUAAAUAAUGCCAAUUAGGUUGUAAAUAUGUACUUUAGCUCAGUACUCUGUUUACCAACCAGUUUAUUUUUAUUUACUUGCUUGAACUUGCUGUAUGUUAGGUUAGAAAAAUUUUAUUAAUGUCCAACGUACUCAUCCAUAUCAAGAAAAUGUCGACUAUCGACAAGAAUUUGCUCAAAAGCAAAUUCAGAGGCUCUCUUCUGGGCUCGUUACUAGGUGACUGUUUAGGUUCACCCUUUGAGGGUGAUGUAAUAACGCCGGGGGAAAAACUCGUAAUUCAGAAAUACUUCGAUAAAUUGGAAACUCCGGAUUUAAAAGGCCCAAAAAGAUGUUACACAGACGACACUGCAAUGAUGAAAGAAGUGGCAAAAACCCUAAUUGACAAACCUGAGAUCGAUUACAAGCACAUGGCAAAAUUAUUCGUGAAGGAGUACUUUUCAGAACCUCACAGAGGUUACGGCCAGAACGUUGUCGAGGUUUUUAAUAAAUUGAGGAAAACAAAGUUUGAGGAUAUUUACAAGCCGGCAAAGGAACAGUUUAACGGGUCCGGCUCUUUUGGCAACGGGGGCGCAAUGAGAAUCGCCCCCGUUGCCCUCUAUUUCCACGAUAAUUACGACGCAAUGAUCAAUGUUGCAAAGCAAUCAACCGAAAUCACGCACACCAAUUCAUUAGGGGUUCACGGGGCUGUUUUACAAUGCAUUGCGGUUCAUCAGGCGUUGUCUCACGACCCUAAAACUGCAAUUACACCCAAAGACUUUUGUGACGAACUUACUAAAAAAAUUAAAGUCGUGGAAAGUGAAAACGAUGACGGGUUGGGUUUACACGAUCAAAACCCGUACGAGGAUAAAUUAAACUUUGUUAAUUAUUUUCUGGGCAUAAAAUGCCACGAGGAGUUGGACGAGGAGGUUGCGCAAAAUUUGGGAAAUUCGAUUGCAGCGUAUGAUUCCGUCCCCACUGCAAUUUACUCGUUUAUGCGGGCUGUGCAAAAUGAUAUUCCCACAGUUAAUACCGAUAAUUUGUUUAGGAGGACCAUUCAAUACGCAAUUACUUUAGGGGGUGACACUGACACCAUUGCCUGUAUGGCAGGCGCCAUGGCCGGGGCUUACUUGGGGGAAGAGGCAAUUGAUAAAAACAUGGCUAAGCAGUGUGAGGGUUACGAAAUGAUUGUAGAUUUGGCUGAUAAGUUAUGUCGCUCCCACUUUUGACUUUUCGAAACGUCAAAUUAAAUUUGACAGUUGUUUGAGGCACAACCAAAGGCCAUAAAGUGGUUAAAUUGCAACUUCCGCCAGUUAAUUGCGCCUUAAUUUGAGUUCCCUGCAGUUUAUCAAGCGUUUGUUUGCAUUUUCUCACGAUUCGAGUGCAUUGUGCGGUGUUUGUGGCCGCGCCCAGUUUUCGUGCUAGUGUGUUCGUAAUACUCUGCCACCAUAGGCCUAUCAGACACAGCUUUAAUGGACAUGGUUGUCUCAAAUCUGCAACAACAACGCGCCGUGACCGAGCAGCUUAGGCGCGAGGCUGCGAUCAAACGGUUGCCGGUGUCUGUCGCAGUGGCCGAUAUCAUCAAGUACAUCACCGAACAUGAGCAAGACGACUGCCUCCUUGUGGGGUUCUCGAGCCAGCGGGUCAACCCCUUCAGGGAGAAGGCCCCCUGCACCCUGUUAUAGGCCCUGAGUGGUGGGUGUUUAUACGUGUAAGAGCUUUUGUCUUCUUGUACUGCUAUGUAAUCUAAGUUUGUAAUCUGCUCUACUAAUAAAUUAUUGUAAAGA